GUUUGUAAAGGCAUUCCGCAACUUUACGAAUCCUCGGUCGAAGUGCUGAAUCCCAUACGGACUUUACAUAUUCUCACGUUAUGUGGAUGCAAAGACCAGCUGUGAUCAAUUGUCCUCCGGGCCUUGAGUACUUGACCCAAAUUGACCAAUUGCUGAUUAAGCAGGUGAUUGAUGCUAUCGAAACAUUCGUGCCUUAUGAAGUGCAAAAUCGCUAUACCUGCUACAACACAUUGGGACAAAGUGUAUAUCGAUGUUACGAAGAAUCUGACUUUUGUUCACGUGCAUUCUGUGGAGCAUCAAGACCUUUCGUAUUACAUAUUUUAAACAAUAAUAACUCUGAAGUUAUCCGUGCAAUUCGACCUUUUCGAUGUGAUUGUUACCCUUGUUGUUCGUGUUUAGAAUGCUGUCAAGAGGAACUUGAAGUUCAGUCUCCAGCUGGAAAUUGUAUCGGCUACGUGAAACGAGUAUUUAGUGGUUGUGAUCUUGAUUACCACAUUUUGGAUAGUAACCAGAGUACAGUUCUGCAAAUACAUGGUCCAUCAUGUUGUUUUUGUGAAUGUUUAGGAUCGGAUAUAAUAUUUAAGGUAACUUCUGCUGACGGUACUGUCGAAAUAGGUAGAAUUACGAGAAAAUGGAGCAAUAUUGUCCAAGAAUUCUUUACUGAUGCAGAUAAUUUUGGAAUUUCUUUUCCGAUGGACUUAGACGUGAAAGUGAAAGCGAUUCUCUUAGCUGCUGUUUUUCUGAUUGAUUUUAAAUAUUUUGAAAAGAAGCCAAAACAAUAAAAUUUUUCGUAGUCUUAUCCUUUCAUGUCGUUUUAUCUGUGAGUAUAUUCUGUGCUUCGUCUUUUCUUCGCCUGAGCUCAUUUAUUUGUAUUAUUUAUACAGAAAUAUGGAUAUUUUUGAUUUUUUAACGCUUUACUUAUUGUAAUUUUUAUUUUGUAGUUAUCAUUGAAUUGUAUAUGAAAGACUACACUUCCUUGUGUAUUUAUUCAUCCGAUUCGCAUUCAUAACUUGUUCUAAUUUUUACUCAGACGUUUGCCUAGACGAUUUCUUUGCACCAUUUCUUGUUAACCAUACUUUCAUGAAGUUCUCUUUUUCAGUAAACAACGAGAUCACAAGGUUGUUUGAACAUUUGACUAAUUUGUCAGGUAUUAUUUUUGUUUUUUUUCAAUAAUUC